AUGUACUCUCCCGACCAGUUCAUGAAUCCUGGGCCAGCACCGCGCCCACCAGCCGAGCGCCCGAAGCUUAACCUGCCUGCUAACUCCUCAAAUACGGUCACGUCCUUCAGCCAAAUGAGCCUAGACUCCCCCAGUACGCCAGGGUCCGCCAACUUGUCAUUAUUCCCGAAUACUAGCACCCCGUCUCUCUCAAAAACAAAAACCAACCAGUCAGGACAAGGAGGGGUAACCGUCAUCAAAGAAGGAUAUGUUCGUUGCAAGGAAGACAAAUUUCUGGCUACCUGGAACCAGCGAUAUUUGAUACUUCGAGAGUUUCGAUUGGACUUUUUGAAGAACGAGACGGGUAGGGUAGUCUUGUCUAUCCCCCUUGAGACGGUCACCGCUGUCUCCCGUUCCGAAGACACUCGGAUGGCCUUCGAAGUUAUUCGUUUGGCCAAUCCGAAAGAUGCCACCUCUAAGGCUGCUCUGAUCACACGCGACGUACCAACUAAGAGUAUUACCUGCGAGGUCAAGAGUGAUGACGAGAUCUAUGACUGGAUUGACAAGAUCUACGAGCGCUGCCCGGGAAUGGGAGGCGUGAGCAACCCGACCAAUUUUAGCCACCGCGUUCACGUCGGCUUCGACCCGCGGACAGGCGCCUUUGUGGGAUUACCGCCUGAGUGGGAGAAGCUGCUGACUGCAUCGGCUAUCACCAAAGAAGACUAUAAGAAGAACCCCCAAGCCGUCAUCGAAGUUCUCGAGUUUUACUCUGAUAUAAAGAUGCGCGAACAGAACCCACAGUAUUAUGCCGGAUUAGCCUCUCCCCAGUCAAACCAGCAACCAAAAACUUACAACAGCAAUACGGUGGGCAGUUCUAUUGCUCCUCCAAGACCGCCGCCACCAGCCCCAUCCCAGCGCUUAGACAGUGGCCACUCCAAUCGUUCCGCUGGUUCAUCACCCUCGCAGACACACAGCAAAUCAGACUCAGAUCGUGCUUUGGAACAGCAGCAACAGCUGGAGAGGAUGAAGGAGAUGGCGGACCAAGAGCGUCGGCGCAUGGAGGAAGAAGGUCGCCGUGCUCGUCAACGUGAAGAAGAGCAAAAUAGGCUCGAUCAAGAAGCGUACAACGCCUCACUUCCAAAGACUCGCGUCCCUCUGGCCAAACAGGAGCUCGGCGGCUAUGGCGCCGAUCCGUCGAUGAACGACCGCUACAAACCAGGCCGUCCCGCCCCGCAGGCUCCUGGCUCGGCUCGACAAGACUCUGCACGCCAGCUCACUGCUCAGCGCCCAGCGCCAGCUCCUCCGACUAGUUCCAACCAGGGCCAACGGCCGGGGGAGUACAUAUCGGCCAACGGCCCCGGAAUUGCACGUGCUCCGGGGUCAGACCAAUCUUCUCCCAGCUCGCGUUACCCUGCGCAUGAUCCGCGAGCACAGUCCUCUGCGGCACGCGCUCAGAACAAUGGUACCAAACAGCAGGCUCAGGGCCCACCACCCAGCAAACUUCCUGCUCCCGUGCAGCCAGUGAAGCCACUGAAUAUUGCGAACAAACAGGCAACUAAUAAGAACGUUCCUGAUGGUGUCCGUCAAGCUGAAGCUGCCCUGACUAAGAAAGCUGAGCCCCGGCAGAGGGAAGUUCGCAUGUCGGCAAUGUCUGAGAACGAAGUCAUGGAUCGGCUUAGGUCCGUCGUCUCUAAAGACAAUCCCAACGAAUCUUACAGUAAGCAACGUAAGAUUGGACAAGGCGCUUCUGGAUCUGUGUAUGUCGCACGUGUGAAGGAACAUGCUGUGUCUCCGGUUGCCCGCGAACUGUACCGCCAAUAUGGGCCCCGGACUCAAGUCGCAAUCAAACAAAUGGAUCUGCGUAGUCAACCACGAAAGGAGCUUAUUGUCAAUGAGAUCAUUGUAAUGAAAGACAGUCAGCAUGCCAAUAUUGUCAAUUUCCUUGACUCAUUCCUGCAAGAACAAAGCAAUGAGCUCUGGGUUGUUAUGGAAUUCAUGGAGGGCGGUGCCCUCACAGAUGUCAUCGACAAUAACCCUGUAAUCCAGGAAGAUCAGAUUGCUACCAUUUGCUCAGAGACUUGCAAAGGGCUGGCACACUUACAUAGCCAAAACAUUAUCCACCGUGAUAUCAAGAGUGACAAUGUCCUUCUUGACCGCGCUGGUCAUGUCAAGAUUACCGAUUUUGGAUUCUGUGCUAAACUUACUGAAUCAAAGAGCAAGCGUGCAACGAUGGUCGGGACGCCAUACUGGAUGGCCCCAGAAGUUGUCAAACAGAAAGAAUAUGGACCUAAGGUCGACUGCUGGUCACUAGGAAUUAUGGCUAUUGAGAUGAUAGAGUCAGAGCCCCCUUACCUGAACGAGGAACCGCUUAAAGCUCUAUAUCUUAUUGCCACCAAUGGCACUCCUCGUCUAAAGAAGCCUGAAAAGUUGAGCAAGGAGCUCAAAUCCUUCCUCAGCCAGUGUCUGUGUGUCGACGUCCGCAGCCGUGCCACUGCGGAUGAACUGCUAGCUCACGAAUUCCUGAAAUCUGGCUGUAGUCUUCCUAGCCUUGCGGAGUUGCUCCGUUGGAAGAAGAACAAUGGACAGUGA